UGAUGUCUUGGCUGCGAGUGAAGGAGUUGACACAAUUGACAUUGCAGCUGUUAAGUACACUUGCUGAGGUGAACACUAAGAUUGAACACCUUUGCUCUGUGUGUUCCAUUGCUACAGAUUACCUACUAAGAGUAAAUCUGAAGAAGAUAGACGAUCAAUCAUGUGCUCGUGAAGCAUAUUCCAUUCUCAUCACUGCCAUGCAGAGAUCUCCCAAUGUACGUCUUUCUUUGGUGAAAGAUGGAGCCUUUGUCACGCUGUGUGAUCUGGGGAUCAAGACAGAGGAGCAGCUGGCGUUCGACGUUGCUAGAAUGUUACUAGGCGGUGACAGAGCAGUGAAGAAAUGGUCCAGUUCAUGCAGAGAAGUGUCACGUCUUCACCACAAAAGUGAUGGUGGUGGUAAGAUGAGACCUCAGAUACAAGAAGAUAUGGUAGCCUCAAAUGUGGACACUUCUCCUAGCAUAUUAAGCAUGGCAGCACUGACUGUGCCUGACCAUAACUUGGAGCUUGAAGUGCGCACUACCAUCACCCGCAAGCAACUCUAUCCCUACCAUGCCCAUGGUGGACGGUGCACUGAAGAACUGCAUUUACUUACCAGUGAUAUUGGUGAGUCUUGUUCUUUGUUGAAAGAGUAGAAACUAGUGUAAAAUGCUCUAAUAUAAACUAUAUCAUCAAUUACUCAGUGUCCAGUUAUUCAACAUUCAAAACAUUAUCAAACAUCUAAACAACUAAUAUUUGAGUGUAAUGUGUAACAACAACAAAAAAAGGGUUUAAGAGUGCUUCAGGUGUGAAGUGCAGUGCCUGCAUUCUGAAGGAAGGGUGAUGUUACAGUUCUUGAGGCAGAAAGUACAGUGCCUGUAUUAUGAAGGAAGGGUGAUGUUACAGUUCUGGAGGCAGAAAGUACAGUGUCUGUAUUAUGAAGGAAGGGUGAUGUUACAGUUCUGGAGGCAGAAAGUACAGUGCCUGUAUUAUGA